GCGAGCCUCAUCAUCAUCAUCAUCAUCACUACCACGGAUACAACCACCGCAACGGACCGAGCAACCGGGCUCUUUACCGAUUCGAGGAGCCGGGCGCCAUGGCGGGCCUCCGCUAAAACGAGACCGAGAUUUAUCCUCUUUGUUCUCCCUCGACGCCUCGUAGUCUUUCCGCGCCUCCGCCGAGGAGGGGCCGCCGAGAAACCGCUCUCCCUUUCCGAGCUCAGGAGGAGGAGGAGGCAGGAGUAGAGACAGCAGCGGCGGAGGAGGCGGCAGCGCUUUAACCGGGGAGCUGUUUUCUAUCGCAGGAGACGAAUGGCGGACCGUGAGGCGUCGCCGAUACCGCUGGAGAUCCGAGCCCGGCUGGCGGAGCUGGAGCUGGAACUGUCAGAAGGGGACAUCACUCAGAAGGGUUAUGAGAAGAAGAGAAACAAGCUGAUCAGGGCAUAUGUUCCACAUGCUGGAGGUAUGGAGGGGCCCAUGUCCCAUCGGGCUCCACUCGGCCCUCCCUCUGCUGCACGAUUCCACCGGCGGCGGACCUCCGGCACCCGAGAUGAACGCUACAGAUCAGACGUCCACACCGAGGCAGUGCAGGCCGUGUUGGCGCGACAUGUGGAGAGGAAGGUGGCCGUGCCGAUGCCUUCAAAGAGACGCUCGCUGGUAGUGCAGACAUCCAUGGAUGCUUACACACCUCCAGGCCUGUCCCCCCUGUGCUCAGACUCGUCGUCGGGCUCAGAGGAGGAGGCGGGGCCAGGCGACGACAUGUCAGGCAUGGAGCACUGGAUGAGCCGCCCUUCCCAGUUAGGCCCCGCCCACCUGGGCUCCACCUCCUCCUCCUCCUCGUCAACGCAGAGCGGAGGCAGCGGCAACGCCGGGCGGUUGGCCGACUCGCUGGCACAUGCACACAUCUCGCACCUUGCGCACUCACACCUGGCGCACACUCACAUGGGCCAGUCCCACCACCAGCAGAGCCACCUGUCCCAGUCACACCACGGUAUCGGCCACCUGUCUCUGAAGAGGAAGGGAGCUCUGAGUGUUGCAGAGAACGGAGGGUCUCUGAGACGAUCCUGUGAGUUUGGAUCUGACAUGCUGUGGCCGCCACCGCUGGAAUCAGACGAGAACCACUCGGCCCCCCCGGACGUGACGGGCUACUCGUCCGACUCAUCCCACUCCCACACGGAGCGUCACCACAUGUCUAACAUGGGAACCAUCGCCAGGAACACACAGAAGUACGGCAAUGCAGAGCGCAUGGAGACCGGUGAUGGUGUUCCAGUCAGCAGUCGUGUGUCCGCUAAAAUCCAGCAGCUCGUGAACACGCUGAAGCAGCCGCGCAGACCUCCACUCCGGGAGUUCUUUGUCGAUGACUUUGACGAACUUCUGGAGGUCCAACAGCCUGACCCCAAUCAGCCGCGGCCGGAGGGGGCAGAGAUGAUGCCAGUGCGAGGUGAGGCGCUGGGUGUGGUCACCAACUGGCCCCCGUCUCUGGAGGCGGCGCUCCAACGCUGGGGAACCAUCUCUCCUAAAGCCCCCUGCCUCACCAGCCUGGAUACAGCAGGGAAGCCCCUCUACGUGCUCACAUAUGGGAAGCUGUGGUCUCGCAGCAUCAAGCUUGCCUACAACAUCCUCCACAAACUGGGCAGUAAGCAGGAGCCGAUGGUACGGCCGGGUGAUCGGGUGGCACUGGUGUUUCCUAACAACGACCCCGUGGCCUUCAUGGUGGCUUUCUAUGGCUGUCUGCUGGCCGAGGUGGUUCCUGUUCCCAUAGAGGUCCCUCUAAGUCGUAAGGAUGCCGGCAGUCAGCAGAUUGGUUUCCUGUUGGGCAGCUGUGGUGUUACUGUGGCGCUGACCAGUGAUGCCUGCCAUAAGGGUCUGCCUAAGAGCGCAACAGGGGAGAUCCCUCAGUUCAAAGGCUGGCCUAAGUUGUUGUGGUUUGUCACCGAGUCGAAGCACCUCUCCAAACCUCCCAGAGACUGGUUCCCUCACAUCAAAGAUGCAAACAACGACACUGCGUACAUAGAGUAUAAAACCUGUAAAGAUGGCAGCGUGCUGGGAGUCACAGUGACGAGGAUCGCUCUGCUCACACACUGCCAGGCCCUCACACAGUCCUGCAGCUACACUGAAGCGGAGACCAUCGUGAAUGUUCUGGACUUUAAGAAGGAUGUGGGUCUGUGGCACGGCAUCCUGACGAGUGUGAUGAACAUGAUGCACGUGAUCAGCGUCCCCUACUCGCUGAUGAAGGUGAACCCUCUGUCGUGGAUCCAGAAAGUGUGCCAGUACAAAGCUAAAGUAGCAUGUGUGAAGUCCAGAGACAUGCACUGGGCUCUGGUGGCCCACAAAGACCAGAAGGACAUCAACCUGAGCUCGCUGCGCAUGCUGCUGGUGGCUGACGGAUCAAACCCCUGGUCCAUCUCCUCCUGCGAUGCCUUCCUCAACGUCUUUCAGACGAAAGGGCUGAGAGCAGAGGUCAUUUGUCCCUGCGCCAGCUCCCCGGAGGCGCUGACGGUGGCCAUCAGGAGGCCGGUGGAGGACAGCAGUCAGCCUCCGGGCCGAGGCGUUCUGUCCAUGCAGGGUCUGUCAUACGGGGUCGUGAGGGUCGACACAGAGGAACGCCUCUCAGUGCUCACCGUGCAGGAUGUGGGGACUGUCACACCAGGCGGCCUGGUGUGCGUGGUGAAACCAGAAGGCGUCCCUCAGCUCUGUCAGACGGAUGAGAUUGGCGAGCUUUGCGUCUGCUCUAUCGCCACCGGCACCUCCUACUACGGCCUCACUGGCAUGACCAAGAACACCUUUGAGGUUUACCCUGUGAGCGCCAGCGGGGGGCUGAUCAGCGAGUACGCCUUCGUGCGGACUGGCUUGCUGGGCUUCAUCGGCCCUGGUGGCCUCGUCUUCAUCACUGGCAAGAUGGACGGACUCAUCAUGGUGAGUGGGCGGAGGCACAACGCCGACGACAUCGUGGCCACGGCGCUGGCAGUGGAGCCAAUGAAAUUCGUCUACAGGGGCAGGAUAGCGGUGUUCUCUGUGACCGUGCUGAGGGACGAGAGGAUUGUGGUCGUGGCUGAGCAGAGACCCGACUCCACCGAGGAGGACAGCUUCCAGUGGAUGAGCCGUGUGUUACAGGCUAUUGACAGUAUCCACGGUGUGGGUGUGUUCUGCCUCGCUCUCGUCCCCGCCAACACUCUGCCCAAGACUCCUCUGGGCGGCAUCCACCUGUCAGAGAUCAAGCAGCUGUACCUGGAGGGAGGGCUGCACCCCUGCAAUGUCCUUAUGUGCCCCCACACCUGCGUCACCAACCUGCCCAAACCGCGGCAGAAACAACCAGAGAUCGGCCCUGCCUCUGUGAUGGUGGGGAAUCUGGUGUCAGGGAAGAGGAUCGCUCAGGCCAGCGGCAGAGAUUUAGGACAGACUGACGACAAUGACCAGUUCCUGUUCCUGUCUGAAGUUUUGCAGUGGAGAGCCCAGACCACUCCAGACCACGUCCUCUAUACCCUGCUCAGCUCCAGGGGGGCGGUGUCGAGCUCCCUCACCUGCCUGCAGCUCCAUAAGAGGGCGGAGCGAGUGGCAGCUCUGCUGAUGGAGCGAGCCGGUCUGCAGGAAGGAGACCACGUUGCUCUGGUUUACCCUCCAGGUAUCGACCUGAUUGCAGCCUUUUAUGGGUGUCUGUAUGCUGGCUGUGUUCCCAUCACAGUGCGACCGCCUCACCCUCAGAACAUCUCCACCACGCUACCCACCGUCAAGAUGAUUGUGGAGGUCAGUCACUCAGCCUGUGUGAUGACCACGGCGGUCAUCUGUAAGCUGCUGCGCUCAAAGGAGGCCACGGCCACCGUGGACAUAAGGAACUGGCCACCAGUCCUUGACACAGAUGACCUGCCAAAGAAGAAGCCUCCAGCUCUCUAUAAGCCCACCAACCCUGACGGUCUGGCCUAUCUGGACUUCAGCGUGUCCACGACCGGCAUGCUGGCCGGAGUUCAGAUGUCCCAUAAUGCUGUUGGAGCAUUCUGCCGGUCAGUGAAGCUGCAGUGUGAGCUGUACCCGUCCAGAGAAGUGGCCAUCUGUUUGGAUCCGUACUGCGGCCUCGGCUUUGUCCUCUGGUGUCUCUGCAGUGUGUAUUCAGGCCAUCAGUCCAUCCUGAUCCCUCCGGUGGAGCUGGAGUCGAACCCGGCGCUGUGGCUGCUCGCCGUCAGCCAGCUGAGGGUGCGAGACACCUUCUGCUCGUACAGCGUCAUGGAGCUGUGCACCAAAGGACUCGGCCUGCAGACGGAGGCGCUCAAGGCUCGGGGUCUAGAUCUGUCCCGGGUGCGGGCGUGUGUCGUUGUGGCGGAGGAGAGACCCCGGAUGUCGCUCACUCACUCCUUCUCGAAGCUCUUCAAAGACCUCGGCCUCCACCCGCGGUCUGUCAGCACCGCCUUUGGCUGCAGAGUCAACCUGGCCAUCUGCCUGCAGGGGACUUCAGGACCGGACCCAACGACUGUGUAUGUGGAUAUGAGGGCGCUCCGCCAUGACAGGGUCCGGUUGGUGGAGAGAGGAUCUCCUCACAGCCUGCCAUUAAUGGAGUCUGGAAAGAUCUUACCUGGAGUCCGUAUCAUCAUCGCCAACCCAGAGACCAAAGGACCUCUGGGAGACUCUCACCUGGGAGAGAUCUGGGUGCACAGUGCUCAUAACGGCAGCGGUUACUACAGCGGUUACGGUGAGGAGGUCCUCCAGUCGGAUCACUUUAACUCCAGGCUCAGCUUUGGAGAUACUCAGACGGUCUGGGCCAGGACAGGAUACCUGGGCUUCCUCCGCCGCACCGAGCUCACGGACGCCAAUGGCGAGAGACACGAUGCUCUGUUCGUGGUCGGAGCUCUGGAGGAGGCCAUGGAGCUGAGGGGAAUGAGGUACCAUCCUAUCGACAUCGAGACCUCUGUCAUCCGCGCACACAAGAGCAUCAUGGAGUGUGCCGUGUUCCCCUGGACCAACCUGCUGGUGGUGGUUGUGGAGCUCGAAGGCUCCGAGCAGGAAGCUCUUGACCUGGUUCCCAUGGUGACCAAGGCGGUGCUGGAGGAGCACUACCUGAUCGUGGGCGUGGUCGUGGUGACGGACAUCGGUGUCAUCCCCAUCAACUCCCGCGGCGAGAAACAGCGCAUGCACCUCCGCGACGGCUUCUUACAAGACCAGCUAGACCCCAUCUACGUGGCCUACAACAUGUAGCCUGAGUGUGCGUGGGAGAUCGAGUGUGCGUGUGCGUGAGAGAGAGAGGGCGAGCUAGCAUGCGUGUGGAUGCCGUGCAUAUUGCCGUUGUUGUUCCUUUAUUUCCCCAAAUCAAGAUGUACUGUAUUUUUGAACCUGCGUACGGUGUGGUCUUAAGUCGUCUGUUUUCUUUCAAGUCGUGUCGUGCCGGUUGGAUGAUUGAUUGGCUUAUUGAUUGAUUGAUUGCUCAGUGGUGGUAUGAUCAUUUUUACACCCCGUUCCAUCUCGUGACCGUCACCAGGAGCUCGUCACUGUAGAAAGCCUUAGGGGGAACACUGUGUACGGGGCGGCGGCUCCGGUCGUCACACCGCCUGUCGCUUCUUCUUCAGACGUUUUAGGAGGUAAAAGUAGAGCGAGAAAAAAACUAGAGACUCUUUAUCCGUCAUCAUGUUUUACUGGUCGAAUAAAAAAAAAUCAAAUCUGUGGUUUUAACUUGGAUUAGAGCAGGGGCAGCCAGAGAAGUGUAAAAAUAUAAAUAUUGUACAUAGACAUAAUAAUCUAUAUGGAGAGGAACCUAAAACACAUGAGGUGUAGUAGCCCCUAUAUGCAGCUCUCUCCACCUGCACCCUGUGAGUGAGUGAGUGCGUAUCUGUCUGAGUGUGCGUCACUAGUCUGUGUUUAUGUGUGACGGGGACGUUUUUACUCUUUUAAUGUGAUUCAUGGAACAGAUUUUAAGCUUAAAAGAAGAAAUAUGAAGAAUUUAUACAAAGACUUUAAACACUUUAACAGUUAAACAUCUUAAAACUGCAGAAAGAGACACAAAAAAUCACCAAAAAAGCUAAAACAUGUAUUUCAGUCUCUCAAGUCUGACUUGGUUUAAGCUCGUCAUAUGUUACAGGAAAAAUACCGGCCUGGUUGGAAACAUUUAAACACUUCAAUGUGUUUUUUAAACAUUUUAGGCUAUGCAGCAACAGAAUUUUUGGUCUGUACUUGAUCAACACUGCCCAUAUUGACAGUUUGAUCUGUUUUGCUGCAGACACUUGCAAAAAAAAAAAAAAAAAAGAAGGAUGUGCUGUUUUUAUGCCAUAGACUGUAUUCAAGAUGCUGCUUUAGACACAGUUCUGCCACAUUUCGGAACUAGUUGAAGCCUGUUUAUUAUUUUGGGAAAACUAGCCUAUUAUCCAGCUAAAAGGAAAUGAAUACAUUGAAAACUUGAGAAAAGGCUGAAACUCACUGAUCAUCACAGGGAAACCUAAAAUAAAUGUAUGGAUGUACCAUAUGUCCGAUUAGGACUUCUGUACAUCAUUGGCCCCCACUGGCUCCCACCAGUUGAGAACCACUGCUCUAGUGAGGAAAGCAAGAGAGUGUGUGGGAUGUAAGCUACAAACGCGGUGACACAGGAAAGCAUCAUUAUCUUGUAAAUUCUAAGAUCAGAACUCACAAUAUCAACAUCAGUAUUCAGUCAGGGCAGGUAUGAGAGCAUAUGCUGGUUUGGCACUUCCCUUCAUCAACCUUGGUCCUUCUGAUCUGGCCUCCUGAUGGCCAUCCUCCAGGCCUGCAUUGAGUAUAUGCCCCUUCCCUCCAGGUAUCCUCCCAGCCCCCCCUUCUAUGACCCACGUGAUCACCCCCUCUGGACCAGCCCACCGUGUCCUGGGCACCCAGUAUACAGUGAACUGGAUCAGGGCCUGGAAAAAGCACCAGGUGCCCAUGAACUGGAAGCUGUUGUUCCAGUAUAAGGCAGCUGACCCUUCCCAUCCCUGCUCUCCAGAGCGUGUUAUCAUUAGAUCCAUAGUCUUGCCCACAUUACCCAAUGAUGCACCAAGAGAAGUUGUCACAUCGGAGUCCAGUCUAGUCCUCCUGAAGAGAGGUCCUGUUCCAGGCGCCAACCCUGAAAGACUGCCUCAAGUUGAGCCAAAACAGUUGGGAGCAGGUUCACAACACCUCAGCACCACCAGCAACGUUCAACCUAUCUGAUAGAUGCUUGUUAGACAGGGGUUUCUUCCCAGGGUCCCAAGGGCUUAGCCCCACCAUCUUCAUGUGAUGUGCAGCUCGUCUAAGGGCUGCAGUGCCAGGUAUACUACCCCUGCGUGGAUCUUUCAUUCGCAGUUUAUGUGUAAUGUAGUUUAAGGGUAUGGGGGUGCAAACCCCAUGAUUGAGGCAUGGAUGCUGACCCCUUUCAGCGGCAUUAGCAACUGCCAUAACCGUAAAACCCUAUGAAAAUCAAUAGUAAAAUCAAAAAACUCAUAUCAAUUAUCGUUGGUCAGAACAUACCAUCUGUAAUUUGUUUUUACAUUAAAAAAACAGUAGAGUCCUCAUGAAUGUCUUUUUAUAAUUAGUUCAGAAACAAUUAAUCCAUAGUAGCAUGAGUCAGAAUAUGAGGGUGCAAAAAGCUUGAGCUAUAACGAAGGGGGCUGGGGUGGAGGAGGAGAAGCUUUCCCAGAGCAGCACAUUUAAAUGGACCGCUCUGUCAAGGAAAAGAAGUGUGAUUGGCCUUGAGAGCUGGGAGGCAGAAAUUAGGAUCAGCUGACAAUCAGCUGAUCAAGGCUGGGCUUAUGACGCUUAUGUGUCCUGCAUGAACUAACGCUAGGCUUCAUGUCAGCUAUAGAAUGCUGUGCCCUAAAGAACACCCAACUUAUUGUUCAUUUCACCCUAAAUGGAAAUAGAAUCUACAAAAUUUGCAACUAAAGAUAGAGGCCAUAAAGUCAAUGAGGACAUGUUAACAGAGGGAGUAAAUCAACUAAGAAGAGAGGUUGUCACUUUUUCAUACACUUCAUUAAAUUAGUGGGGUCGCCCCCAGGUGGCCAACAGAAAGAAAGCAGCUUUGAAGCACUUCUCAAUCGGCUCACUUUAUGUCUCAAAGCCUUCUUAUUUACAGUCUAUGGUUUAUGCAAAAAUAAAUCAUUUAAAAGGUCUGUGGUCAAAAAAGCAGCUUUUUGUGACCUCUUUUAAAUAUUUAAACUUCAAAAAAGCAAUUUAAAGAUCAACUGAAGUGCAAUGUUUAUGAAUAAAGGAGUGAAUUUAAGCUAAAGUGAAGGAAAACUUGAACAUGGAGCAUUGUUAUGUUUCUUUACUAAAUUCUUCAUAGCUAAGGCGUGAACUCAGCCACCAAAGCAUCUCAUCGAGCAAAGUGCACUGUGUGAAUAUGAAAGCGUGAAUAUUAUUUAAAGGGACUUUAUAAGGAAGUCAAAGGGAACAGCAGCCUGUUGGUGUUUCUGCAGUUUGCAUUUAUUCAAACACAAAUUAGGGAAGAUGGAUGAUAAAACAGCUGUCACAGUUUAAAUGUCUCUAACUGCAGUCACAUCUGGCAGCUGUUUGACCAAAGGGAAUAAAGUUUACAUAAAAAGCUAAUAUGGUAGCAAUGGAGCCCAAGAGGACUUUCUUCACUGCAGGAUUUGACUUCAUGAUAGAAGACCAGAAUUAAGAAAUGCUGCUUUUGGCAACAGCUGUUGAAAAAUGUGUUAGAUUUUUCUUUUUGUCUUGUGUUUGUGUCCAUACAGAUGUACCUAACUGCUCAUACAGACAACCCAAACAGCUGUUUCACUCUCUGGGAUUAUUCUUUAGCACACUGCAGUCCAGAGGGAUAACUUUUUGAUUCAUUUACAGAAAGUUUAAAACUGUAUUUUGCCUAUCUGAAUCACAGAAACCUGCAGGAUUCACACAAGGUGUCCCUGCAUCAGGCAUGAUUGUUUUGCACUGUGCACGGAUGUGAGUGCACCCCAUGCCCUCUCCAUCCACAUUACUAACAGUGUUCCAUACCAGAGGAUACUUGCAUUCAUAUUCUGUCGAAUACAGUAUGUUGCAGUUUGCACAUAGUUGGUUUGUGAAUCUGGCAGCAAGAAGGGAUGGCCAUGGCAACUGCUCGUGCCAACAUUUAUGCUCAGUGCAAGCUGGCUAUAAUUUAGAGAGUAGAGGUUAACAUGCUGCAGGGGGGUUAUUUUACAGACCCCAACAAAGACCCUCUUCCUACUUCCACAUUUACAGUGCAGCUCAGAGAAUGAAACGGGUCUAUGUCUCACAGAUACGAGGUGUUUAAAAUUGCCUUUACAGCUCUACUUGCCAAGUACCUAGUGCACAGAAUCUGGCACAUUGCCCAGGUACAGAACACUUGUGUUCAUAUUGAAAAUGGAACCAGCCUUUGGGGUCAAGUGCACUUGGAUGUAGACUUGGGUCACUAAAAUGCCAGGUUCAGUGAUGCAGAUCACUGAAAAGUCUUAAAUGAGGCCAUGAAAAGUCUUAAAAAGGCUUAUUUUUACAUGUGGGAAGUCUUAAAUUUUAGCUGGCACAUUGACAAAGACAUGUCUUUAUCUUUUUUGUGUGUUUGGCCAACUUAAUACUGUUUUAACUGUUCCUUUUGCAUCUAUGUUUUGCAUAUAUGUUUAACAGUAAUUCCUUUUUCAUGAUGAAACUGUUUUGUAUUGGGUUAGAACACCUAAAAAUACAUUAUGAUUGAUAUCAUCGGUAAAUUAUAAGAAUAGAGGCGUUAAAUGUACCAGAUAUUUGAGCAUUUAUGACACAAAAAUGUCAUACUGUUUGAUAUUUUAUUAACAGUACAUUAUCAGGAAAUUCAUCCCUGGUCUGGUGUUCUGAGAAACUGCACGUGCCUUUAUUUUUAAUUUUUUGUUUUGCAAAAACCCUGAUAGUGAAAACCACCCCCAGACAUCUUUGGAAACAGCGGUCGAGAUGUGAGUAGCUAAAGAAUCAUGCUGACUGGCAAAGAAUUACACUGGACUUUGUGCAAAUAUGAUUGUUAGCAUCUACAGCCCAUCGUUGCAAAUGUUGCCUGUGAAACCUCUUUUUUCCUCAUUCAUCCUGCUGCAUUAUGGCCAGCUUGGCACUGGACUUUAACCUACCGUUUCAUGAAGCUCUCUCUGACAUGUAAAAGCCUGUCCUACUUUUACUUCCCGCCUGAUCACUCUCUUUUUUCUUCUCUUCGCUUCAUCUGUAACUGUUGUCUUCUGUCCUUUAGCUUUGGCCAUUUUAUCAAACAGUAUUGAGAGAGGCUAACUGGCUUCUUUUGAGUGGAAGGCUGGUGUUUGAACUAGUGCUGUGAAGUUGUAUGCACUUCUUAUGAGAGAAUGGGCUCACUGUGAGAGUUAGAUAGUGCUGAAAGCAGUUACCUAGGGUGCUCUGUGAAAAAAAGGUAGAUGCCAUUCCUCUUGUUGAAAGUUAUUGUAUUACUAGCUUUGAAACAGUUUAACGUGGAAAUAUUGCAUAUUCAUGCUGUAAACACUCGCCAAACCAACCUUUAAUUUUUGCAUUUCAGCCAUGUAACUUGGUAAAAGGACCAAACAUUUUUUUCUUAAUCAAAGUCAGACUGUUGGUUUUUUUGUGCUCAAAACAAAAAUCUUCUUUUUGUUUUAUACUCUGAAGAUCUAAAGCUAUUGUUACCAUUUUUGUUAACUGGAUUGGAUAUAGAAUAAGCAGACGUUCUAAAUUAUUUUUGGGCAGAAAUAUUACCGGACUUGUGCAGUAGCUGAGCUACACUGGCUUCUUCUGUAAACAUUAUUUCUGGGGCUUUUUUGCCUUUAUCUGUACAGGACAGCUUAAGAGUGACAGGAAACAUGAGGAGAGAGAGUAGAGUAGGACAUGCACCAAACAGCGCCAAGACUGGGAAACGAUCCUGCGACUAGGUCAUUGAGGACUGUAGCCACCGAAUGUGGGCACCCACUCCACCCAGUGAGCUAAACUGGUGCCCAUACAUAUGAACCAAUGUUUGUUAGUGUCCGAUAGGUUUCUUGGAAGAAGUGAGAUUUGAACCUUAUUUUUCUUUUAUCUUCCCAGGAUGUGAGAAUUACCUACAGUGGCUUAACUGGCUGUGCCAUUGGGGAGUGAACCGGCUUCUUUUAACACUGUUUUUAUUUUUUAUUUUUUUGGAAGGAAUAGCCUUUUUUCCUUUGGUUUAUCCCAAGGCUUUUGUCAUGGGAAAUGCUAACAAUGUAGCAUUUAAACAGCUAGCAAAAACAACAAAUUUAUGCAAGCAUAGAUUAGACUCUUAAUGGCAUUUAACAACUGGAACUGUAAAAGUCAUAUCCUGACAUUUUACAGUAAAAAUGUUAAAAAAUCCAGACAUUUGUGUCCAAAGUUCUCACAUAUAGUUCAUUUGUUGUAUUUUCUUCAAUAUGACCUAAAAGAAUUAUAGUAGAAUUAUAUCAAUAAUCCAUGCCAGCUCUUUGAAAUGCAGCAAACAAGUAAAAAAAAACACCUGCAGAACAUCCCACGAUUAUAUAAACUUAACUUCAGACAAUUUUGAUCUGCCUUUAGGAGGAAAUCAAACUUUUUCCGACUUAAAGAAUAUAUAAAAACAACUCAUCAACCCUUAUUUUGAAUAUUUUCAUGCAUCAGCAGAGAAAGCUUAUCUUAAAACUUCAAAAUAAAAGAUGAUUUAAGAUAUGUUUACAGGAAUCCUCAUUGAAGAAUGUUCUCUGGGCUCUUUGGUUCAACAGUUACCGUCCAUCAAGUGCACUGCCUCCAGACUUUUCCUUAAAGUAGUUAAAGUACUAAUAACUAAAGAUAGAUAUUUAACUGAAAUACAAAGUCUAACCCUUAAACUAGGUGUAGUCACCCUAACAUCACAGGAUUAUCAGCACUGAUUGAAGCCUGCAGGUUUUUAUUCAGCUUUCUGGAUAAAUGGAGCCUUGUUUGUUUACACCCCGAUGACAUCAUCUCAUCAUUCUUUCUUUUUAUCGUCUCAUCGUCAUUCUGUCUUUUUUUUUUUUUUUUUU